ACUAUUCAUAACCGCACCACCACGCGCGAAACCGAACCAAACCAACCCCGACUAUUUCUUCUUCCUUCUCUCUCUUUCCCAUGCCGCCUCCUCCUCCACCUCUCCCCUCUUCCCCUCCUCCCCCCUCGCCAUCUCGCCGGGGCCAGCUCCCCCCUGAUCCCAUUCCACCACCUCCGCGCGGGGAGCGCCAUGGCGCCGGCGAUACCCUGCGCGGUCAAAUGCGGCGGGCCCCGCCACCACCACCCCCGCGUCUCCCCGCCGGGGCAGCAGCAUGCGCUCGAGCUCCUGCUCGCCGCCCGCGGGGAGGCGCGGGCGAGGUGCCGAAGCCCGCCGUCGCUGUCCCUCGCCCGGGCCGCCGCGGAGCCGGCGGAGGCCCGGGCCCUUUCCCCGUCCGCGAGGCGAGCCCGCGCCGCCGCCGUGGCGAGGGAGGACGGUGCGGCCGCGGCCGCGCUUCUCUCCGGGGCGCAGUCGCGGCACGCGAUAUUCCGGGACGAGCUCGUGAGGAGGGCCUUCUGCGCCGCGGAGGUGGCGCACCGCGGCCAGAUGCGCGCGAGUGGUGACCCCUACCUGCAGCACUGCGUGGAGACGGCGGCGCUGCUCGCGGAGCUCGGCGCCGGCCCGGCUGUUGUCGCCGCAGGGUUGCUGCACGACACCGUCGACGACGCGGGCAUGGGCUACGGCUCCCUCUCUGUCCAAUUUGGUGCUGGUGUCGCCGACCUUGUGAAGGGGGUUUCAAAUCUAAGUCAUUUGAGCAAACUGGCUCGUAGAAAUGAUACAGCCAGCAGAGUUGAUGAAGCUAACAAAUUGCGCACGGUUUUCCUUGCAAUGGAAGAUGCGAGAGCGGUUCUCAUCAAACUUGCUGACAGACUGCACAACAUGAGGACGUUGGAUUCUUUGCCUAAGGUCAAACAGCAAUGCUUUGCAAAGGAAACACUGGAGAUAUUUGCUCCCUUGGCAAAUCAACUGGGGAUCUUGAAUUGGAAGGAACAGCUUGAAAAUCUGUGCUUCAAAUAUCUUUACCCUGAGCUAUAUGAGGAACUGUCAUCCAACCUUCUUGAGUUCUACAACCAAGAUAUGAUUGCAGCUGCAAUAAGGCGACUGGAACAAGCCCUUCAAGUGAGGGGACUAUGCUAUCAUACCAUAUCAGGCAGGAACAAGAGUAUGUACAGUAUCUACAGCAAGAUGGCAAGGAAGAAACUGGCCAUGGAUGAAAUCUAUGAUAUACAUGGGGUGCGUGUUAUACUCGAUAACAAAGCUGAUUGUUUCACCACAUUAGAGAUUGUCCAUCACUUGUGGCCUAGAAUUCCUGGCAAAUUCAAAGAUUACAUCAACAGCCCCAAACCCAAUGGGUAUCAAUCCCUGCACACGGUUGUUCUCAGUGAAGAAACACUGCCAUUAGAGAUCCAAAUUCGUACUAGGGACAUGCAUUUGCAGGCAGAAUAUGGAAUUGCUGCACAUUGGAGAUACAAGGAAGGUGUUCGAAAUUGUUGUUCACCUGUUCCUGAAAUGGUGGAAUGGGUUAGAUGGGUUGUUACAUGGCAGUGUGAAACUCUGCACACAGAUCACCCUUCAUCUCUUGCAGAUGGAGCUCCACCAAGGGCGAUAUGCAGUUUCCCUUCCCACUCUGAUGACUGUCCUUUUGCCUAUUCAAAACGAUGUGACCACAGCGGACCAAUCCUAGUAAUACUACUAGAGAAUGAAAAGAUGUCAGUGCAAGAAUUCCCUCAGAAUUCAACAAUACUGGACCUACUGAAGAGGACUUCUAGCUAUGAUAGGCAGUUCAGACUAAGACUGAACUGCCAUGUCGUGCACAACUUGAACCAGGAGCUGAAAAUGGGUGACGUAGUCGAACUGAUCCCUUCAACUCCUUGCAAACCUGGAGGUUAUGCGAGGGAGUUCCACCGAAUGUAUGACCACCGUCUCACAGUGUCGCAGUCCUGAUAAGUGACAACUCUAGGGUACCAAACCAUGUACAUAUAUAUACAUGACAGCUCAUCGAUAUCGUCGGAAAUUUAGGUUUCCCUUUACUGACAAAAUAGAAGCACCAGUUGGGAAUCAUCUGAAGGAGGUCAAGGAAUCGUUUCCCUGUGCCAAAUUUGUGACGUAUCUUGUACAACUGUAUUUGUUGAUGUGUUUACUAACUAAAGACGGGGUAGAAAGUUAAUACGUGGAACAUUUCUGGAGUUUUAGACCAGAAAAUGGUCCCUGUUUGAGAUAGUGUGUUAUUGUAAUGCUUUCAUGUACGCUGCUAUAGUCCUAUGGCUAUGAACUGUGGUGACGUUUGUUGAUGAAAGUAUUUACUUCUCCAGUAUAUGACAAGUAUCUGUUUUCCAGCCUGGUCUGACUGAUAAGCACAUGAACCAGGUUAAAACUUGAGUGGCUAUUCACAGGGACAAAAAAAAGCAUGAAAAGGGUAUAGAUAAUAAUGAUGAAAAUAAACUUGACUGGCUAUUUACAGGGGAAAAACAAUGAAAUGAGAAUAAAUAACCCGGAGAGAAAUAAGAAAAAGCAACCGAG